AUGGGACGUUUCAAUGGAGACCUGGAAGCAGCAGCUUCGAAAGAUGGGGAAGAACUGGGGAGAAAGUCCUGCACAAGAGAGAUCCAAUUUGCGUUCAUUCUCUCCUCCUUAGCGACCUUCUUAGGUGGACUACUCAUCUUAUUCAUUUCCAGGAUACUAUGGAGGAUCAUAAAAAAUUGGCAAAACAUCAAGGGAACAGGAAUUCUCUUGAACCUCAUCUUGUCAAAGAGCACCGGUAAAAGAAACUUAAGAAGUCUCUACCUCCAUGGAGUAUUUCGUGAUCGUAUAGAAAUGUUACUUUCGGCACAGACCUUUGUGGGGCAAGUGUUGGUAAUCCUUGUCUUUGUACUAAGCAUCGGGUCCCUUAUAAUUUAUUUCAUCAACUCUGCUGACCCUGUUGGAAGCUGUUCUUCGUAUGAAGACAAAACCAUCCCUAUUGAUUUGACUUUCAAUGCUUUCUUUACUUUCUAUUUUGGGUUGAGAUUUUUGGCAGCUGAUGACAAGAUCAGGUUCUGGUUGGAGAUGAAUUCAAUUGUAGACAUCUUUACCAUCCCACCAACUUUUAUUUCCUAUUAUUUGAAGAGUAAUUGGCUCGGUCUAAGGUUCUUAAGAGCAUUGCGGCUGCUAGAACUCCCUCAAAUCUUGCAGAUUCUGAGAGCCACCAGGACCAGCAAUUCAGUGAAGAUCUCCAAACUGAUAUCAAUAAUUCUCAGUACCUGGUUCACGGCUGCAGGAUUUAUUCACCUGGUGGAAAAUUCUGGUGAUCCCUGGAUCAAGGGUAGAAAUUCACAGACUGUAACAUAUUUUGAGUCCAUUUACCUGGUCAUGGCAACGACGUCAACUGUUGGCUUCGGAGAUGUGGUAGCCAAGACAUCCCUAGGACGGACCUUCAUCAUGUUUUUCACUCUGGGGAGUCUGGUACUAUUUGCAAACUACGUCCCUGAGAUGGUGGAACUUCUUGUUAACAAGAGGAAAUACACCAGUUCCUAUGAAGUGCUCAAAGGAAAGAAGUUCAUCGUGGUCUGCGGAAACAUCACUGUUGACAGCGUGACUGCUUUCCUGAGGAAUUUUCUCCGUCGUAAGUCAGGGGAGAUCAACACCGAGAUUGUUUUUCUGGGAGAGGUUCCUCCUUCUUUGGAAUUGGAAACCAUAUUUAAAUGCUACAUGGCCUACACAACUUUUAUUUCUGGAUCCGCACUAAAGUGGGAGGAUCUGAGGCGAGUUGCUGUGGAAUCCGCAGAAGCGUGUCUGAUUAUAGCCAACCCUUUGUGCAGUGACUCGCAUGCUGAAGACACUUCAAACAUUAUGAGGGUACUGUCUAUCAAGAACUAUAGCCCUACCACCAGAGUCAUCAUACAGAUACUUCAGUCCCACAACAAGGUUUUUCUGCCAAAGAUUCCCAGCUGGAACUGGGAUACUGGAGACAAUAUCAUCUGUUUUGCUGAACUGAAGCUUGGAUUUAUCGCCCAAGGCUGCUUGGUGCCAGGCUUGUGCACCUUUCUAACAUGUCUCUUUGUUGAGCAAAACACUAAGGUUUGUCCUAAACGGCCCUGGCAAAAAAUCUUUUUAAGUAGCCUGAAGAACAAAAUCCUGACUCAACGUCUUUCUGAUGAUUUUGCUGGAAUGAGCUUUCCUGAGGUUUCCAGGUUCUGCUUUGUGAAGCUGCACCUCAUGCUGAUAGCCAUCGAACACGAAUUCUCGCUUUCCAGUUACUGUGGUCUGUUACUAAAUCCACCUGCGCAGGUUAGGCUGCAUAAGAACACAUUAGGAUUCUUUAUUGCUGAAUCUGCAAAGGAUGUCAAAAGAGCCUUCUUUUACUGUGCCACCUGUCACAGUGAUGUGUAUUCUCCUGAGCUAAUUGGAAAAUGUUGCUGCAAAAGCAAGAAUAAUCGACACUUCCCAGGGUCAAGAGUAAUGGUAAAGACAACCACCGCCCCGAAGGUCUUCAGUGAGCCAGAACUGUUUGACCCUUUUCCAUCCUCACAUCUAAAGAGGAUUAGCGCCUUGAGCUCGACCACCAGUAUCUGUCCUAUACCAAGAAAGCCUUUAAUGGCCGAGGAAUGCGAUCAUGGGCCAUUCAAUAUUAUAUUGUCAGCAGAGCACAAUCACCAUGUUCUGGCUUUGCGUAAGAAAACAGUUCCUAAGAGCUUCUCCAGUUACCGAUAUUCCACGGAACGCAUUUAUGGAAACUCUUUAUUUGUGCUAAGAUGGGAUGGACUUACGACCACCACCGCGGUAGCAAGUAUGAAGUCCACGUGGCUUACCACAGCAAAUGUGUGCUUCUUGUUUAUGUUCCGUGUCCAGCACAGGUCAGGAGGCCAGGGCUCUGUCCUCCACUCGCGUACUCGGCUGUCAUCUCUGCAGCAGGUUAGAGAGCCUGAGAAGAACAUGGGAGUUGUCACUGUGUCAGCCAUCACUUCUCACAGUUCAUUGGUCAAACCAAGUUAUGUGGCCCCAACCAACUGCCUGACUUUUCUCUAUGAAGAUUCUACUGACAGUCUUGAUAGCACUGGCAUGUUUCACUGGUGCAGAGCAACCCGUUUGGACAAGGUGAUUCUGAAACGAACUGACAAGGCAAAACAUGAGUUUCGGAACCACAUUGUAGUAUGUAUCUUUGGAGAUGCCCACUCAACACUGAUGGGGCUUCGGAAUUUUGUAAUGCCCUUGAGAGCUAGCAACUAUACCCGGCGGGAGCUGAAGGACAUUGUGUUCGUCGGGUCUCUGGAUUACCUGCAGAGGGAAUGGCGAUUUCUCCGGAAUUUCCCCCAGAUAUACAUCCUGCCUGGAUCUGCACUCUAUGCUGGAGACCUCUAUGCAGUCAACAUAGAGGAAUGUGCCAUGUGCGCUGUCCUGUCCUCCCCAUCCAAGUCACCUUGCCAGACUUUGGUGGACACAGAGACCAUCAUGGCCACCCUCAACAUAGGAUCGCUGCGGAUAAGCUGCUCUGCUUCGACACCCUCAGAUCCAGAGGGGAUUUCACAAAGUUUCUCUGGACCUGGGAGCUCAAAAUACCGAAGAGUCCCCAUCCUCACUGAACUGAAAAAUCCUUCCAACAUCCACUUUAUUGAACAGCUUGGUGGGAUGGAAGGGCACUUUCCAGGAACAAGCCUGCAUCUCAGCACUUCCUUUUCCACAGGUGCUGUCUUUUCUGGCAGCUUCUUGGAUUCCCUCCUGGCCACAGCCUUCUACAAUUACCACGUCCUGGAACUGCUUCAGAUGCUGGUGACAGGAGGCAUAAGUUCUCAGAUGGAAUACCAUUUGGGCAAGGAUAAGUUCCAAAGGCUGAGUAGCAGCUUCUCGACCAUUCUGUCCGAAAGAAAGCGCUGCAAGCUGGGGCUUCUGUCCUUACACCAAUCCGUGUUGUUGAACAUUGAACCAAAAAAGAUCUUUGGGCAAGUUUUCUGUGGCUUAUUAGAUCAUUUUGGAAUCCUGUGCCUUGGCUUGUACCGCAGGAUAGAUGACGCGGAGCUCAGACUCAUCUUUGCCUUUUCUUACAGGUUUGUGAUUACCCGGCCAGCCAAUAGGUUUAAGCUGCUGCCCUCGGAUCUUCUGUUUUGUGCCAUUCCUUUCAACGUUUCUUGUUAUGAAAAGGACAAUUCUACCUAUCUAAGUUCUUACGAAACUAUAAAUAUAGAGCCAGGGAUACCAGGGGUGUCUGAAGACACAAAUUCACCUCCCGCAACUGACUCAGCUGGCCAGACGUCAACACAGUCAUUGACCACAUCAGCCCUGUUUCGGGAGCAAAAAUCUAUCCCUGUGAGUUCGAAGUCAGCCAUUUUGACUCGGGGUGGUAAACUGUCACUGCAGACACAUCCAGGAAGGAUAGACCUGAAGGAGCCCAGUGAGGGGCCUACCAGGACACAUUCAGUCUAG